AGAGAGAGAGAGAGAGAGAAGAAGAAGAGAAAGAGGCAGGAGCAGGUAGGAGCACCGGCGGUACCUGCAACCUACCUGUGCUCCUCGGCGCGCGCGACUCCAGUCACCGAUCGAACGCUCGACAGAUCGGCCGCGCGGUGCGUUUCUUCGGCGAUUUCGCGAUCACGAUCGCGGAAGAGAACUCGCGAGAUCGUACUCGCGGUAUGUUCGACCAGUGCCCGGCGCGGUCCCCGCGGAUUAUGUGUGCGGUAAAGGCAGCAAUAAAACAGGACCAAUCCUAACCGGUAGGGAGCAAUCGCAAGCGAUCGUGCAAUCAUUUCGCGCUUCUUUUCGCCGAGAGAUAUGUGUCGAGAGGUAGAAGCUCGUUCGAUUUCCUUCUUCGCGUCUUGCUGAGCUCGAGUGACUCGCGAGAGGGAGAGAGAGAGAGAGAGAGAGAGAGAGAGAGAGAGAGAGAGAGGGAGAGAGAGGGAGAGGAAGACAAUUCGGAGGGUCGAAGUGGUGGUGAACCCAACAGAGUGUCGGUAAUUACGAUCCCGAGCACAUCGCCGGCCUGAUCAGCGAUUACAACGUAAACGAGCCGAUGACUGAUUCUCCACCGUGGCGACAAUAACCGGGCAGCGAGGCGUUACCGUCGACUCAUCGCGCAGUUACGAUCGAUUCAUGCCGCGCAACGGAGACGGCGAUUACAUUUUUGCAUGAUCAUUCCCACGAUACCAUUCCCCGUCGACUAAGGACACUCAUCGAGGACAACGAUUGAAUUCUUAUCCGUGCAUUUACACGUGUUUACGCCGCGCGCAAGCUUCGAGGUCGGCUUCGAAAUCGAAGGAGAAGGCAGAGUCCCUUCUCGCAGCGAGAGAUAACAGUCAGAAAACGGUACGCUCCAAGUGUUUGUGUAACACCGUCACCGCGACGAAGGCAACAGCGCGCAGGAUCUCUCGCGGAGGCACGUAUCGCGCGCGCGGUAUCGGGACGCUAAUUCGACGCGAGGGAAAAAUGCACCGGCGCAAGGCUGCGGCGACGAGCGAAAAGUCGCGGGACAUUUGCAAACCGAGCGGAGAAGGCGAUCGCAGCCGCGACUGAGGCAGUGCCUGCCAGGUGUCCACCUUGGGGUGAAAGAAACGAGCGAGCGGGAGAGAUUACAGAAAAUUGUCCUCGCCGAGCGAGGAUAAUCAACGGUGCAUAAUCGCGUCCGGAGGAGAGCAGUUUCUUCCCGUAAAGCAGCCAGCAAUGCGCUAAUCGCCCGGCUCGCGCGCAGCUGCAACAUGGAGGACGCGGUGAUCGCGCUCGACUCCACCGUGAGGAGCCAGCACUCGAGCCACUCGAAGGAGUCGAAGGACUCGGCCAACUCGGAAUCGAAGCCGGAGAGCUGCCUCGAAUCGAAGCACUCCAAGGAUGUGCUCAUCCCGGAGAAGCACCAGCGCCAGCAGCAGCAGCAUCACCAGCCGCGGCAACGCGCCGCUGACGACCGGCAGGAUCAUCGUCUGCCGGCCUCCGAGGCCAAGGACGACUCGAACCUGCUGAUGUUCACGUCCUGCGGACAGCUGUUGCUCGGCGUCGUCCUGGUGGUCUUCGGCGUUCUGGUGCUCGUCCACGGUGCGUCCUUAGGCGGCUCCGGCGCAGGACUCUGGGCUGGUGCGGGUGCUCUGGUCGCCGGCGCGCUCGGAGUGGUCGCCACCUUGGCGACGUCCUCCACCAAGACGAAUUCCGCCUUCUCCUCCGCUCACCUCGCGUCCAGCCUGAUCGCCCUCGCCCUCUCGAACAUGGCCGCGAUCACGGCCUUGACGGCGGUGGUCAGGGACUCGCAAAGGACGCCGGAAGUGUCGCUCCUCAGUCUCUCGGGCGACGACGGUAACGUGGUGGAAGUGGACGGUGGCUUAGCGGGUCUGCUGGCGAGCAUCGGGCUGCUGGUGGCCAGCGUGGCCGAGCUGCUGGUUUCCGGCUACAGUUGCCUGACCUUGACACCGAAGCUCUGCGGCUGUCUGCGAGCCAACGGCGCGGACGAGACGGGGAGCGAGGGCCACCUGAAGACUCGCAACAUGGUCCACCAGUGGGUGAUCGCGCAGAACCACGUGUCCAAGAACCAGCCGAUUUACGUGGUGCAGCCGGUGGUGCCGAUGCAUCCGAUGAUCCAGCCGCCGUACGGUAUGCCGCCAGCACCGCCUGGCAAAUUCCCCGGCGGAUUCGUGCCUGCUGGACCUCUUCCGAUCUCCGCACCGGCGUACGGACCCGUUCCCGUGUUGCCCCACAUGCCGUACGCGGGGCGACCGUCGUCUCAAAUGUUCCGGACGAACAAGCACAAGCGUCAGCAAGUCCCGGACCAGGAGGAACCGGAAAGGAAGCGGCAGGUGGAAGUUAAGAGCGAGUCCCCGAAGAGGAUGUCGUCGAUCGGCGAGGAUCAGGUCGACCUGGCGCAGACCUACACGGGCUUGGACAAGAGGAUCUCCGAGGAGUUCAUUUCGAUCGCGAUGGAUCCAGACAGAAAGUCAAAGGCUUCCAGCAAUCACGGUAGCGAAAUCGGGACGACGAAGACUUUUUGAUCAGUUUCGAUCGACAAAGCUGGAAAACUUUGCACUGUAUAAGAGAGUGAGGUAUACAUUAGCGACUUACAAAAUCCAUUUUACAUAAAUAGGAUUUUUUAGUUCGUGCGAAUCACGAAUUUAUCUCACUCCUGCACCGAGUCUUUUGAUUUCGAACGAUAUUAGGGCAGUGUUUAUCGCGAUGUUUUAUUAAGAUCAGAUUACGAUUCGAUAAAGCGUUCGAGAAGAAAUUCGCGAUUUCGGAGAGCGAAGACAUGCGAUCGAAGAUAUUUCCUUGUCUUAGAUACACAUUUUGAAAGUUUUCAUGAGACUGUGGAAACACAAAUCCUUCGAUUACGUCGCUGAUAAGUCCGUUAGUGUAACGUUUAUUUAUUCUCGCGGAUCUCUGUUGCGAAUGUGCGAAGAAUGCUGACAUUCGCGACGCAGGUGCGUGACGAAAUUUUGCCCUGGCGUUAAAUGUCAUUAGGUGCACGGAGAAGGAUUGUAAUCGAUGACUCAUGCGCCGACGAAAUGCCAAGGCGUGUACUAUUAUUGUUGUCAACGGUGGGACGGACAAUCCUGUUAUUUCAUUGUUAAACAUCAACUGCCGAGCGCCUCCAAUUUUAAAGGUUCAAUUUAAUAAGUCGAAAAACACCAAGACUUAAUUAAGAUCGUAUAACUUGCAUAACAUAAAAAAAAAAAGAAUAAAACCGGCGAGCAUGAAGAUUCACGAUAAUAUAUAUAAUUAUAACUGUACGUUUUUCAGAAUACUGUCUUGUUUUGCGGACAAGAUAAGAUCUGAAUUUACCUGACGGCUACCUGAAGCACACGCUCAACCUUCUUCUAUCACGUCUCACACACGUUCGCUAACACACUUAAAGUGAAAAUUGCUCACUAUAGCCUGAGCUAUAUUCUCAAUGAUAUCUAUAUUAUUACUUAAUAUAAUGCAUAUAUUGACACUCAUAAAAUAUUUUAAAUGAACAGCUGUUAGCGAACGCGUCAAAUCAUUUUAUACGAAUCAGCAGGAUGUACUGUCGUAAAUUUUAACAGCGAAGAUAAUAUUUACGCGCGCGCUACGCGAGAUUUCAUUCCGUCUCGACGAUGGAAGACGAAGGUUGAGUUGCGCUGUGCUAAUUCGUUAAGUAGAAAUAGAGACAUAUGUAAUUACAAGAUACACAAUAACAGUGUUCUCAUCGCCGGCUCAUGUUUCUUACUUCAGUCUUGAUAAGAUGAUGAUUAUUUAACGAUUAUUAAACUGAUCAUAUUACACUGUA